CAAAAACGCAGGAAUGCAGCCUUUAAUAGGCAUUCAGAAAUAAUACCAAAAACAGGCCCUGUCCACUGUCCCACGAUUUUCUUAAAUCUGAGGAAACUUUUAUCGAUAAUCUAAGGAAUUCUUGACAAUGGAUGCGAGAGCACUGAUUUUGAAAGAACAAAACAAGUAUUAUUCUCACAAAGUCGAACAAGUUUCAUUGCUUGAAUUGCUUUGCUAGUAAAAACUUAACUUCCAUAAAAUAUGGAGCGUUUUAAUUACCCCACAGUGCGUAGAGAUUCAACAAUAAUAGACGAUUAUCAUGGCAAGAAAAUAGCAGAUCCAUAUGCUUGGCUAGAAGACCCUGACUCUCAGGAAACUAAGGAAUUUGUUGAGAAACAAAACGAAAUCAGUUCACCCUACUUGGAGAAAUGUGAAUUCAAGGAAAAGUUCAAGGAACGGUUAGUACUAAGUUGCAAGAUCGAUUCGUGUUCGACUGAACGUCUAGAAUUAAACAUUGUCGUGUCACAAAUUAAUGCUUUAAAAAAUUUAAAAGGCACGUGUUCUUUGUCCAUAGAUUACACACGCAAAAGUCUCACAUCUUGUAGCAAGUCUGCCAACAAGCCGUCAACAAGUUGUGUUCGCACUGCUUGUCCCAAGUUGUCAACAAGUUUGGAACAAGCUGUUAACAAUUUGUAACAACCUUGUUAUCAGACUUGUUACAAGUUUGUUCCAGCAAGUCCGAUACAGUCAUGAUAUAACAGUAUUGUUACAACCUUGUGUGGUCAACCUUGUAACAUUCUUGUUAUAUCAACAACCUUGUAACAACUCUGUUAAUGCCAGCAAGCUAAUUGUUACAAGUUGUUAACAGCUUGUUCCAAACGUGUUACAACAACUGGGAACAAGCAGUGCGAACACAACUUGUCAACAGCUUGUGAACAGAUUUGUAACAACUUGUUUGCAGACCUGUAACAACUUGUGCGUUUUUAUGUGUGUAGUAUACAUGUGCCUUUUAAUACACACACGUAAAAAUUAACACACAAGUUGUUACAAAUCUGUUCACAAGCUGUCAACAAGUUGUGUUCGCAAUGCUUGUUCCCAGUUGUAACAAGUUUGGAACAAGCUGUUAACAACUUGUAACAAGCUUGAUGCCAUUAUCAGACUUGUAGCAAAGUUGUUCUAACAAGUCCGAUACAGUCAUCAUAAACAAGAAUGUUACAAGGUUGAUGACACAAGGUUGUAACAAUAUUGUUUUAUCAUGACUGUAUUGGACUUGUUGUAACAACCUUUCAAACAAGUCUGGUAAUAUCAACAAGGUUGUUACAGUACAAGUUGUUAACAGUUUGUUCCAAACUUGUUGACAACUUGGGACAAGCAGACUGCGAAGACAACUUGUUGGUGGCUUGUUGGCAGAUUUACUACGAGACUUUUGCGUGUGUAUGCCGUGGUUGUUGAGACACCGGAACUUUAAGUUAUAUGGUUAUGCAUCCGACAAAAUUGUUUUUCUCGUUCUUUAAUUAAAUAUGCUAAAAUUAUACCGAGGGCCAUUCCAUUUAAUAUCCACCCCUCCUGUGGACGAGGUCUCUUAUUUUAAACCCCUUCAGAAACGGUUUUCUGCCAAUGCCCUUCAGAAAUUCUUUAAAUUUACCAAAUACCCUCAGAAAAAUUUUCUCAACCCCCUUGGAAAUACACUUUUGGAAAUCUUUCCAUAUUUUUCCACGACCCCUCCACCAAAAGCAAAUUUCCAUGAAUUGUUAGUGACCCCUUUGGAAAUUGUCAAUAUUUUCCUGACCCCCUCAGAAAUUUUUCAGUUAAAAUUCCCCUCGGAAAUUGUGAUUUUCAAGACUCUUGAGAAAUUACAAUUUUGGGGCCCCUUUGGAAAAGUGGAAUUUUCUACCCCCUCGGAAAAUUUCAUCUAUGUGGGGGGGGGGGCAGGUGUAGAUAUUAAAUGGAAUGUCCCCAAACCCACCAGACACAGGACAUUGUUUCAAUGUUGCAAUUCGGUUGGAAAAAACAUUGCAACGUCGCCACCUAACAUCAGCGAUGUCUUAGAAAUGGGGUGUACCACGUAAAAGUUGUACGCUCCUGACUGUGCUGUCAUUUAUCAUGUUGUUUGUGAUUUUUUCAGAAUGACAGAACUAUGGGAUUACCCAAAAUAUGGAUGUCCAUUCAAACGUGGGGGAAUGUACUACUAUUUCUAUAACAGUGGUCUACAGAAUCAAAGGUAUGUCUUUUACCCAGAUUAUUUUACUCAUCAAGGGGAAAGUGCUUCCAAUUAAUGGUUAAUCAAAAGUGUUAUAAAGUCUGAUCGAAUACAAACAAUGAAAGUAUAAUAUGGACGUGUAAACACUGACAAUUCAUUAAUACACAAAAAUGCACGUAUCUGACAAACCUAUAUGCUACAAACCUAUUGCAAAUGCAUCUUGUUGACAAGUUGUUGGAACAGCAUUGUCGUAACUUGUUAACAAGCUUGCUACAAGCAUAUUGAGGAGACAUCUUGUUGACAAGUUGUUGGAACAGCAUUGUCACAACUUGUUAACAAGCUUGCUACAAGGUUGUUGAGGAG